AUGCCUUCGAGUGUUGUUGGUACAGUUGAAGUUCAUUUCGAAAACAAAGAUGGCGGAUUUUUUAUUAAACACAGUCCGAGACAGUAUUAUUCAGCAGUGGCCGAUUUAUCUGCUGGCCAAGAAAGUAAAGAACAAACGCCGAAGACACUUUUAAGUUCUAAUUCGAUAAUUUUGAGCGUUGAUCGUUUCACCGUUUUUCAAACAUCCCAACCCGUUUCGAUAAGAGCCACCUACGGUCCUUUUUCGACAAAGCAAACCGUUCCCGCUAGAUACAUUGUACCUGAUUUAAUCGAUUCCUUACCACUCCCCGACACGACAAGAAAUGUAACGUCUUCCUCUUCGUCGAUAUUGGUUGACAUGGAUUUGGCAUCUACCGUUUCGCAUAAUUUGGAUAUGAGCGCACAUUUAGUCCGUAAUGAAAUUCCGAGGGAUUCCCCAGUACUCCGAGUUUUGUUUCACACCGGAUCGGAUUCGAGCAUACGAAGACAGUAUAAUCACUUUCAAAAAAUCUGCAUAAUUUUACAAGCUACCAUGGGUGAUAAAACUCCACUCACGGCUGCCUGCAGUCCCGACGGAGAAGAUGGCGUUUGUUUGGCACAGAUAACGAUUCCGGCAUCGUGGUGGGCUCCUCUACCGCCGCCGGAUAAUUCGGGAAAAACACAAAAACUAAUAAAGACUCCACAGCGUUUCGUACACGUCGCCUAUUCCGUUUUGGAACCGAGUUUCAAUUCGAAAAACGAUGAAAAAUGCAUACCGAGAGUUCAAAUUCAACCCCUGACUCCGCUCGCAGCAGUACCACUCGUAUCAGCUAAAGAAAGUUAUAGAGAAAUAAAAGCAGACGACACUUUAACGAUGCUCUUACCCCACGCUCCCCUUUAUCCCCUCUCACGAAUUCACGUGCCUGUUUUUUUACAUUAUAAAUCCGCAACACCGAUCGCCGCUUUCGACUUGAGAGCUCGAGUUAAAAGCGGUUUACGAAUUUUAAGUAUCGAAUCGAGUUCGUCCGGUUGGAACAUCACAUCGGACAUAAAUGGAAAACAAACAGUGGCAACCGUGGCAUGUUUCAGAAAGGAAGUCAACGACAAUGACGAAUCUAAAAAAUUACCACCGAGUGCGAGAUACGUUUACGAAGGUUCGAAAAUGACAAAAGGUAAAGGGAUUCAUCAUCACAGAGGUACGAGAAGGAGUGCUAAAGACGAAGUCGUAGAAGAUUCUAAAAAAAAAUUGUCGGCUCGUUUGGAAAUACAAAAAGAUGACAUACAAUCCGUUUUACCGAUAUCGAAGAAUUGGGAAGUGAUCAAUACUGCAGUUUUAACGGGAAGACAAGUUUCGCAAGCGAUGAAAGUACUGAUUGUCAGUCAAGCUGGUAAAGUGGCUGAUGUCACGCUUCAAUCUUCUUGUCACUCCGAAGACGAAAGCGUUUUAAAAGUUUCAUCCUCCUGUAGUUCCGUUUACGUUGACGGUUCGGAAAUUCGUGGAUCUUCAAACGCUUCCGUUAUCGUUAAAUACGGAACAUAUACAGGUCUCGCAAAAUUCACCGUUUGGAUGCCCGAAUUCCCACUCGAAGUAAACAUUCCUGAUUUUCGUUUGAGUCAAAUCAAGGGGUGGAAAAUACCCGGUGACGUUUCCAACAUCGGAAUUAACAAAUCUAGAAAAAAAAGAUCUUUCGCUAAUAGAAAAAAACGUUACGUCGAGGGUAUGAAUCAAUAUAGGAAUUGGGCUAAUUCAAGGGGAUCAAAUUCCGAAGAUGUCACGAACAAUGUCGAUUCGGAUAAACAUCCAACUUGUAAAUUAAGAUUUCAACAAAGUCCGAUCGAGGUUUAUGCUAGAUUUUUGGCCGAAGAUCAUGAUUCCGGAAGAGUUAAUUAUUUUGUCAAUCGUAGAACGUGGUUGAGAGUGACGGAUUUGGUUCAAAGUCUGCUAAGAGUUUCCGAUCCUAGAAUAGCUAAUCUCAGAGGUAAAAUAAUACGUGGAAGAAGCGUCGGUCGAACGGAAGUUCAGGUUUUGUCUCCAAUAACAGGAAGAGUUAUCGGCGCUAAAGAAGUUCGAGUCGGAAAUGAUAAAGUAACACUUUUGCGUUUGAUCGUCAACGUAGUUUCCGGUUUACAGUUGUCUAUAAGUCCCGAUAGCACCGUCGAAAACGGUUACAUUGCAGAAACGUCGGUUACCAGAAGGCUCACGGCUCAAUAUCAGGAGGGCCUUCUCGAUAUAGAAUUAGAAUUUUCCGACGAAUCGCGAACGCCAUUGCGUGACGUUGCCGUAUCCGAUUAUUAUUUAGCAGUAGAAAGUCUCGAUCCGGACGUUGUUGCAUUUGCACCAAUGGUCGCAUCUCAUCAUCCUAGAGUUAUAGCCGUCGGCGAAGGAAGGGGGGAUUUGUUGAGAGUCACGCUUUUGACGAACGACGAAUGUCGAAAACUUUCGAAAUCGAUCACGGGAGGAAGUAAAUCCAGCGUCGGUUAUUUGGCAGAAACUACGGCAGCCGUUGAAGUUGAUUUCGGUGCCGGCGACAUUUCCCAACGUGCUGAAUUCGUACAAAACGAUGGUAACAUCGGCAUAUCGAAUCGAGAUCGAAGAAUAAAAUCCGAUUUAGGCGACAUAUUGCACAUACAGAGAGCUGGUAUAUCACCACUCAAAGAUGAAAACAAUCACGAGCCUACAGUACAAGCUCGACAACAUCAUUCGGCUUUGAUACCACAUUCGAAUUUUCACGUACGAAAUUCAAAUCGUAUGACACCACUCGAAAUAGGAAUGUACGUUUUAUUGGCUGCUUUUUGUUUUGCCAUUGUCGUAUUCGUCGUAUCCUGCGUUGUCUACGCUUCGAAAUUCAAGGCCCAAGUUGGAGAAACCGUUGAUGUUUCCAGUAGCGAUGAUAAUAAUGGUGCAAACAUCGGAGUUUCAAACGGGAAUUCAGGUUAUAAAGGUUUGCCACAAUCGACAACUAAUGUACACGAUUGGGUUUGGUUGGGAAGAGCGACUAUCGAAAAAGCCGCAACUCACACGAACGUGCCCGCAAACGGUUCUUCGAAUCCGAGUAAUAAUAAUAAUAAUAAUAAUAAUAACAACAACAGCAGUGGCGGCAGUGGCAGCAGCAACAAUGAAAUGAGAAUAACCGAAAAUCCAUUUAAUUCCGGUGGAUUUAAUACCCGAGUAGAUAAUUUAAAAUACUUAGACAGCUCUCAAACCGUUGUGGUAGAUACGGCAACAUAUUGUAAAAAUUCCGGGCAACAUCAUGCCGGUGGUAAUGGAGGAAGCGAUUUUAACGAUUUUUGCGAACUGACUCCGGUGUUGACUCCUAAACCUGAGCCUCAACCACCAAAAAGACAUUAUCAUCAUCAUCAUCAUCGAAAUAAAAACGUUUCAAAGAGUCGUUCGUCAAAGUACGAAGCCGUGGAAGAUGGUAAUAAUAUCGUCGUAGAGAAAACCUGA